AUGAGGCUGACCGGAGAUUUCCUGGCCACCGCUCUAACGCUGCUGCUCACCGUCACUUCAGCUGUUCAUGCCUGCCCGCCCUCAGAUCGGGCAGCCCUUCUAUCAUUCAAAGCUGCCCUAAACGAGCCACACUUGGGCAUUUUCGCCACGUGGUCAGGCACCAACUGCUGCACUAACUGGUACGGUAUAACAUGCGACCCGGAAACCAAACGGGUCGCUGACAUCAUCCUCCGGGGCGAAUCCGAGGACCCAAUAUUCCAGAAGACGGGCCGGACCGGCCACAUGACCGGUUCAAUUUCCCCCUCGCUCUGCCGCCUCGACCGCCUCACCACACUCAUAAUCGCCGACUGGAAAUCCAUCUCCGGUGAAAUUCCGACGUGCAUCGCCUCCCUCCCGCGCUUAAGAAUCCUCGACCUAGUCGGAAACAAAAUCUCCGGCGCAAUUCCGGCGAGUAUCGGGAAUUUGAGCCGGCUCACAGUGCUCAACGUCGCCGACAACCGAAUCUCCGGCGAGAUUCCGGCCUCUAUUGUUGAUCUAAAAAGCUUAAUGCAUUUGGAGCUCGCGAAUAAUAAAUUAUGCGGAGAAAUCCCAUUUAAUAUUGGGAAAUUGUCUAUGAUGAGCCGGGCUUUACUGAGUCGGAACCAACUCACCGGGUCAAUUCCGAGUUCUCUUGCCAAUCUUCAUAGACUGGCCGAUUUAGACUUAUCAAUGAACCGGUUGACCGGGUCAAUCCCGUUUCAACUCGGGUCGAUUCCGAUUCUCUCAACUCUAAAUCUUGAUAGUAAUCGGUUAUCGGGCAAGAUACCUACUAUUCUACUUAGUAACACGGGAUUGAGCAUAUUGAAUUUGAGUAGAAAUUCUUUGGAAGGUAAUAUUCCUAAUGUUUUCGGACCGAAAACUUAUUUAAUUGCGCUCGACUUAUCGUAUAAUAAUUUGAAUGGUUCGAUUCCGAAAUCGUUGUCUUCGGCUAAGUAUGUGGGGCACUUGGAUGUGAGCCAUAACCAUCUUUGCGGUGCGAUUCCGAAGGGAACACCGUUCGAUCGUUUUGAGGCCUCGUCGUUUUGCGACAAUGAUUGCUUAUGUGGGAUGCCUUUGCCUACUUGUUAACGGUUUUAUUUUCUAUUUAUUGUAAUGGUG